AUGCCUCUGUGUCGAGGCCCGCACAUCUACGCCAUCUACAAGUACGAAAAGGCGCUCCCCGAAAAGACCGUCGCCGCGCUGUACGCCACGGGCUUCGCCGCCGGCGGCCUCAGCGCUUCCUUUACCAGCUCCCUCGCGGACCGCUUCGGCCGCAAACGCGCGUGCUUACUCUACUGCGGCCUAUACGCACUCGCCUGCCUGUCCAUGCUAAGCGGGGACUUGCCAGCGCUAUUUGCCAGACGAGUCGCGGGCGGCGUGGGCACGACGCUACUGUUUAGCGUGUUUAAGGCCUAG